AUGCCCCAUCUUUUCCGUCAUAAAAGCACAGAGCAGCCCGUCCCUCUCUACCUUGGUCAUUGGGUGAUGCCUUUUGCCAUGGCGUGCAGAUGGAGAGCAGAUUUCAGGUAUCACCCAAGCUGGGUCUGGGGAGAGUUGAGAGCCUACCUCAUGUCACUUUCUCUCAUCUUUGUCCUUACGAUGUCAGUGAACUCCAAAGAUGCUCCUCGGAUGAUGACUCCUGACUUCCCAGGCACUGUCUCUUGUAAUGAAGAUGGAAUGAUACUGGGGCUUCCUAGAGAGCUUGUCACCAAGAAAUGGCAUGCAUCUGUGGUGGAUUCCCUGGGUUUUGAAAUCCCAAACUGCACGUACAUCCUGGACCCGGAAAAGCUCACCUUAAGUGCCCCAUAUGCAAACUGUACCAAAAUAGAGCAUAACGAGUACCAGAUGACCAUCAUACUCGUGGAUAACACUACUGCUGCAAGGCAUGAAGCCACUGUAUAUCAGAUCAGCUGUCCAGUGACGAAAGCAGAAGAGGCUCAGUCCAGCUGGCUUCUGGGAUCCACAAACUGCAUGAAGGACUUGAUGUCUUACCACUUUUCUAAAUGAAGCUCUUGACUUCAGAAUGAAACAGGUCUGCAGAGAUGGGUCCUUAAAGUUGGUGAUGGCCCCAUCCAAAGUCUGACUCUUGGGGAGGCCAUGAGACAAGGCUAUGGUGUCAUGAUUGAUAGUGGCAAGAUAAUUCUCCAAGCAUCACUGAAUGCUACUGGAGUGACGCACUAUGAGCAAGAAAACGGCCAUCUGUACAUGGUGCCUCUGACCCUCACAUACAACUCUCCUGGACAGACGGUCAGCCUUUACACUAGAAUGAUGUGUGUGGCAGAUCGUGUGACUUGCAAUGCCACACACAUAACUCUCACCAUACCCAAGUUUCCUGGGGAGUUAAAAGCCGUGAGCAUUGAAAAUACGCGUAUUCAUGUGAGCCAGUUACACUACAAUGGAAUUGAUACAGAAGCAAUGAAUGGCUUAAGACUGCAUUUCAACAAAAGUUUCUUCAAAACAAAAAUCUCUGCAAAAUGUGUGUCCUAUCAAUUCUACUUAUCAGUCAAGCUGACCUUUCAGUUUCAUCUGGAGACUAUAUCCAUGGUAGUACGUCCUGAAUGUCUCUGUGAAUCACCAGUUUCUGUAGUUACAGAUAAGCUGUGUACCCAAGAUGGGUUUAUGGAGUUUGAGGUCUACAGCUACCAAACUAAACCAACUCUCGACUUGGAUACCCUGAGGGUAGGAGACUCAUCCUGCCAGCCUAUCUUCAAGGCUCAGUCUGAAGGGUUGGUACGGUUUCACAUACCCCUGAAUGGAUGUGGAACAAGACAUGAGUUUAAAGAAGACAAAGUCAUCUAUGAAAACGAAAUACAAGCUCUCUGGGCAGAUCUUCCAAGCAAAAUUGCCAGAGAUAGUGAAUUCAGAAUGACAGUGAAAUGCUAUUUCAGCAGUGAUGAUGUGCUAAUAAGUAGCAAUGUUGAAAGUCUUCCUCCUCCAGUGGCGUCAGUGAAGCCAGGUCCACUUGCUUUGAUCCUGCAAACCUACCCGGAUAACUCUUAUAGACAACCUCAUGGGGAUAAGGAGUACCCUUUGGUGAGAUACCUCCGCCAACCAAUCUACAUGGAAAUGAGAGUGCUCAACAGGACUGACCCCAACAUCAAGCUGGUCAUAGAUGACUGCUGGGCAACAGCUACCAUGGACCCAACCUCUCUUCCCCAGUGGAAUAUUGUUGUGGAUGGCUGUGAAUUUAACUUGGAUAACUACCAAACCACCUUCCAUCAGGCUGACUCCUCUGUGACCCAUCCCCAUCACUAUCAGAGGUUUGAAGUGAAGACAUUUACCUUUGUCUCGGGAACCCAAGCACUCUCUAGCUUGAUCUACUUCCACUGCAGUGCCUUAAUCUGUGACAGACUCUCCCCGGAUUCCCCUCUGUGUUCUGUGACUUGUCCUGAAUCAUCUAGGAGAAGGCGAGCCAUAGGAGCCACAGAAAGCAAAGAAGCAGAGAGAACAGUGAGCCUCCCAGGACCCAUCCUCUUGUUGUCAGAUGGCUCUUCACUGAGAGAUCUUGGGGACUCUAAGGGACACAGGACCACUGAAGACAUCACUUUUAAAACAAUGGUUGCUGUGGCAGCCUUUGCAGGUGUCAUGGCAACGAUAGGCAUCGUGAGUCACCUACGCAAGAAAAGAACCACAAAUCUCUAA